UAAAAGUAAACAUUAUUUUAUAGACUCAUAAAUCAUAUCUAACAAUAAUUUUAUUCCGAAAACGAAAUCGAAAUCGAUAAGAUAAGAAUAACAGCGGAUUGGUCAGCUUUUAAAUUAAUAAAUAAUUGUUAGUAUAAGGAUUGGUUUUGAUUGAUAAAAUUAAGUUACAAACGUUGAUGUGGAUCAGAAAAACAUUUCUACUCACUCUAGUAUUGGGAGUGAAAACAAUAUCUUCAACAACCAUGGAUUCCAAAGCGCUUACUUCAUCUAUAGCCCAGUUUUCAGCGAAGUUCUGUAAUGAACUAGAUAAGAGUACUAGUGUGGUAUCCUCACCUCUAUCGGCAGAGUUUGUCUUAGCUCUCUUGACUUUGGGAACAAGUGAGCCUGCUCAUUCAGAAUUACUGACAUCUCUUGGCAUUCCUGGAGAUGAUGAUAUUCGUUCUUCAUUUUCUUCAGUAUCAGCAAAAUUGAAAUCUAUUAAAGGUGUGACCCUCAAAAUUGCAAAUAAAGUUUACAUAAAAGAGGGUGAUUAUGAUUUGGAUGGGCAGUUAAAAGCAGAUGCUAUCAAAGUAUUUGAUGCUGCGCUUGAAAAAGUGAACUUCAGUAAUGGUGCAGCAGCAGCUAAUCUUAUUAACAAAUGGGUUGAGGAACAAACAAAUGAAAAAAUUAAGGAACUCCUUUCUGCAGACAGCCUCAAUAAUGACACACGUCUUGUACUCUUAAAUGCUAUUUACUUUAAGGGAACAUGGAAGAAGCAGUUCGAUCCGGCUCACACCAUCGAGCAACCAUUCCAUGUCGAUGAUAAAAAUACGGUGGAUGUUCCUAUGAUGUAUAAAAAAGACGACUACCACUACGGGGAGAGCUCAGAACUAAGAGCUCAGAUGCUUCAAAUACCCUACGUGGGAGACGAGGCCAGCAUGCUCAUAAUCCUUCCUCGCGAUAUCACGGGGCUCGACGCCGUGAUGAAGAAGCUGGCUGACGGCUACGACUUGCUCGCCGAAAUGGACAAGAUGUACAAGACUAAAGUUCAAGUCACCAUACCUAAAUUCAAGAUCGAAACAGAAAUCGAUCUAGCAACAGUUCUGCCCAAGCUCGGUAUCAAAGCUAUCUUCAACAGCCAAGAUUCUGGCAUCACCAAGGUUCUUAGCAAACCAGAACAAUUGUUCGUGUCGAAGGCCGUCCAGAAAGCUUUCAUCGAAGUCAAUGAGGAGGGUGCUGAGGCCGCAGCCGCUACGGGCAUGGUGAUGAUGCUGCGCUGCGCGCGCCCGCCCUCGCCGCGCUUCGUCGCCGACCGGCCCUUCCUGUACGCGCUGCUGCAGGACCGCACCGAGCUGUUCGUGGGCGUGUACCGCGCCCGCUAGAGACCCGUUGUCGACUUCGCCGCUUCGUUAAACGUCAAAGCACAUCGCAUCGCGCAUGUUUACCCGAGACGUUUAUGUUGCACAAUUGUUAAAAAAAAAUUAGACGAUUUAGCCCCGUGUUUCGUAUCUUUCAUACAUUAAUUUAGUUGAAAACUCUUUAAACAGUAACCACAGCUUAAAUACGUUUAAGUUUUUAUAUGUAGCUUACCGACAUAAAUAAUAUACCUAAUUAUUGUUACUUCGUAUUUAAACAAUAAACAGAAAUUAAUAUACUUCUUUACUUAUAUCAUUGUAAAAUUGUAAUUUUCUGUAUGUGUUUGCACUAGAUAUGCUUUUCGCUUUCAAAUGCCAUGUUUUGUCUAUUCGCAUUUGGAUAAUGUUUGGGACGAAGAAAUCACUCGAAUGUGAUCGAGGUGUUUGCAUUGCAGCGAUGGGCAUCAUGCUUUGUUCCGCGAUGAUAGACGAGGACCCCGUGCUGAGCUUCGUAGCGGACCGUCCCUUCCUCGCAACUAUCGUAUCAAACAACACUAUUUAUUUCAUGGCAACUAACCGCGGAAAGUAAUGCGUGU